AUGUUAAAAAGCAAUGACGAUUCCUCUUACAUUUCGGAAAUUUCUGACAAUGAAGUUAUUGUUGACAUCUAUAAUGGUGUUGAAGAAGUCACAAACCAAGAAUGGGGUAGUCGUAUUCACUACUUUGCAAUGUAUUCAACUCCAAGACUAUCACUAACACUAAAACUGAACACACUGUGGUUGCGACAUACUCCGGGUAACUUGCCGCCUCUUCUUCAUCGUAUACAGGAAGGCAGCAACAGACUCCUUCAGUAUGUGUCCAAGGAGGAUCGUGAGCUGGGAGACUUAGUAGAGGUGCAAUGCUUCAGCGCCGGGGCAAUAGCUCGUGCUGCUCUGAACACUUCCAAAGUUGAUUUUCUUGUCAUCUCGACCCACGGCGGGGAGAUGGAUAUACUCAGCGCUCUUGGCCCCACGAUUAUGUUCAGAAUGAUCGUGGUGGUGGUGCCGUUAGCUACCAAGCAGGAAUAUGAUGAGCUGGAUGCUGCUGCUAAGUCGAGAGGCCUGAUAACAGCGUUCAACAAGAACAACUGCAACUUAUCGUGUGUUUUACUACUCUCAGCUUCCUCCGACUGGCUCUCAGGGACUCCAUAAACUUGUAUGUUGUUCCUGUGCUGGACACGUUCCCAUUAUUCUUCCUCUCCCCUAACAGUAGGUCUGCUAGUUGCCAUCUCUUCGACACACUUCUUCAGAGUCUCUAGCUGCUGAAGAACCGGUUCUGAUCCUGCAUUACUCUCCGUGGCCCUGCUAAGGAUUGAGCGUAACUCCUCUUCACUACCACCUCCAUUCUAUCGGCUACUUCCUCAGUCUUAGCAAGGAUCUCU